UUUAUAAAUCUUGAAAAGAAAAGCUAUAAAGGUUUCAUCUUGCAACUUGGAUUUUGCUUCUCUAAAGUUUUCCUAAUAGAGUUUCUUAGGACUACUGCCGUUUGAACUCCCAUGGUGGAACGAGAAAUGGGUGGUGAUUCUCUUUUGAAGCCGAGGAGAAGAAAGGAUGAGAAAGAGAAAGAGAGAACACCCACAGUUUGGCUUUCUCUCAAGCGAUCCCUACACUGCAAAUCCGAACCAAGUGAAGUCCAUGAACCAAAAGCUAGAAGCCAUAUUGGCUCCAUUCUCAACAGAAAACCUUGCAGGUCUGGCUGUUCUAGAUCAAUAGCUAACCUCAAGGAUGUCAUCCAUGGAAGUAAGAGGCACUUGGAAAGGCCGCCAAGCUGCAGUCCUAGGUCCAUAGGAAGUAGUGAGUUCCUCAACCCAAUAACCCAUGAGGUUAUUUUGAGCAACUCCAAGUGUGAACUGAGGAUUACUGGUUUCAAUGGCUACCAUGAUGGAGAUUCGGGGGGUUUAGGUUCUAAAUUUCUUGGUAAUCUGAGGCCAGGGACUCCAGGGCCAGGGGGACAUUUGGGAGCCCGCUGCAACUCUUCUUCUUUCAAAGGGGUAGGUAGUCUUACUCCACCAAGAAGAUCACCUACUGGUUUGGUUGGUGAGAAAGAUGGCAAUGGAUUUGGUAGUUCAAAUCUUGCCGCAACUGUGUUUGGAAACAAUGGUGGUGGUGCUGGAGUUCAUCAAGCUGGUUCUACACCUAGGGCAUCUCAUGAAACUCCUGCUGCUAGUGUGGCCUGUCAUAAAUGUCGGGAGCGGUUUGCAAAAUUGGAGACAUUGGAAGCUCAUCAUCUAUCCAAGCAUGCUGUUACCGAACUAGUAGAAGGUGAUUCUUCCAGGAAGAUAGUAGAAAUAAUCUGCAGAACGAGCUGGCAGAAAUCUGAAGGCAAUUGUGGGCGAAUUGACAGAAUCCUCAAAGUGCACAACAUGCAGAGAACUCUCGCCCGAUUCGAGGAACAUCGAGAAACAGUAAAGAUCAAAGCCAGCAAACUUCCUAAGAAGCAUCCUCGUUGCCUCGCUGAUGGAAACGAGUUACUGAGAUUCCAUGGCACAACCAUUGCCUGCAAUCUUGGCAUGAAUGGCUCCACAAGCCUCUGCGUGUCUGAAAAAUGCAACGUCUGUCGAAUCAUAAGGCAUGGCUUCUCAGCCAAGAAGGAGCUCAAGGAAGGAGUAGGAGUGUUCACAACUUCCACCAGCGUUAGAGCGUUCGAAUCAAUUGAGUUAUAUGAUGAGGAUCCUUCGAUAAGAAAGGCCUUAUUGGUCUGCAGAGUGGUUGCUGGGAGGGUUCACAAGCCGUUGGAGAACUUGCAGGAAAUUGCAGGACAAUAUGGAUUCGAUUCAUUGGCCGGGAAAGUUGGUCUUUAUUCGAAUAUCGAAGAGCUCUAUUUGUUAAAUCCAAGUGCUCUCUUGCCCUGUUUUGUUGUUAUUUGUAAGCCCUGAUGAUGUUUUGAUACUUUUAACAAUUUCUGUUGUUGUUU